AUGAGCGCCGACACAGCAGCCCCUCGACGAAGCGCGCGCAACGCGGGCAAGCCUGCUCCAGCCCUCGCUGCCACCAAGUCUGCAGCCCCGGUGAAGAGAAAGUCGACCGAAGCAGGCGCCGAGAAAGGUGGCGAGAAGAAGGUCAAGCCCGCUCCCGCUGCGACGAAACCUACUGCUGCUGGUCAGCUCAACGUCGGCGACAAACUCCCCUCGUUCAAGCUCAAGCUCCAAGACGGAUCCGAGCUCGACACUGGUUCGCUCAAAAACGCUGUUCUGUUCUCGUAUCCACGAGCCAACACAUCCGGCUGCACGACGCAGGCCAAACUGUUCCGCGACAAUCACUCCGCCUUCACUUCGGCCGACUACACCGUCUACGGCCUCUCAAACGACUCGCCCACCUCGCUCAGCUCGUGGAAGACCAAACAGUCUUUCCCCUACGACUUGAUCUCGGACCCGCAGAGGAAGCUCAUCAAGGCUCUGACGGGCUCCGACGACAAGACGAGGAGAAGUCACUUCGUGAUUGACGGCGAGGGCAAACUCGCGUUUGUCAAGUUGUCGGUCAAGCCCGUGGAGAGCUGGGAGUCUGCGUUGCAGUAUUGCCAAAAGAAGUAA